AUGGAGGUGUUGCGGCACUUGGGUUUCACCCUGCUCAAAUCGGAGCAGAAUGAGCUCCUGGAGCUCAUCGGUGCCGAGAACGAGGAGCGGCUCCACUUCGACCUCGUCCACUCCCUGGUCAUGGAAGCACGUGCACAGCACGGCUUUGCAAAGGAGGAGUACGAUGAGCUGGCCGCGCACUUCGACGCGUACUGCGAUGCAGAUGGGGAGAUGCCGAACCUGCAAAUGUACGAGCUUCUGCGUUACAUCGGCCACGAAAACAGCCUCGAUGAGGUCAAAGAUCUGCUUGACCAAGUCGAUUACAACCACAACGGCACCAUGGAUCGUCGAGAGUACUUCCGGCUGAUGCGCCUCCAAAAGGAGCAGAACUUGGCCGGCUACCGAAACGCCUGGUGCUCUAGCAAGAUGCGCUGUGGACGAAAGGCUUUUCAGGUGGUGGAGAAGGCUCUCCACUCUCGUCUGAACAAGCACCCCGAGAUCCUAGGCAGACUGCUCGCGGAAGCACAAGCCGAGGAGAUCAACGCUGCUGCAGGCGAUUUCGACGCCUUCGCGACACUAGCGGAGAACCUGCGUAAGCAGAUCCCUCUCGAGAGCCGGAAGUAUGCGAGCUUCAAGGAAGUGGAGUACUUGAUGCUGAAGAAGAUCUUCGAAAGGCAAAGCGAUUUAGAG